UAGUUUUUUCGUCGUUUAGUUUUCUAUUUGUAUUGCAGUUCAGGUAUUUAGAUUUCUUUACAAAGAAAUCGUCUGAGACCCUUUUUUUCGUGAUUACAUACGUUUAUCUUAUUAAAUCUCAUAUCAAGGAAUCGUCAGCUGUAUGGCAAGUUUCCAAUAGAAAAAAAAAAAUUAUUGGGUAUGGAGAUUCUCCUAAAAAGUUUGAUCAAGAGAGAGAGCCGUCAAUAUUAUAAACUAAUUACGAUUUUGAGACGACAAUACGAAAUAUAGACAGCUAGUUGGGAGAAAAUAUAUUCGGUACUCGCGACUCCGCCCAAUACGGAAUAUAUUUUCUUACAACUAGCCGUCAAUACUGUCGCUAUAUUGCCGUCUCAAAAUCGCAAUUAGUUUAUAGUAUUAGGGAUAGCGCUCGUUUAAAAUUCAAAGCUAGUACCUUGAUUGAUAGCAGUUUUAUUUCAGUACAAAAACAAGAGGGCAGAUGUCCAAUUAUUUCAAGAGCAUAACUGAAAUAGCCAAAUACCUGUGUGACGCUCUCUUGUCUUGUUUUCUAUUGGCUCACCGCAGGGGCUAAAUUUGAAGUGGACUUUCCAGCCAGUUUCCACUAUAACAUAUUCAUUAUUGAAAAGCUGAGAAACUAAGGCUUGGAAUUAGAAGGCGAAAAGAAAAUGGUGGCAGACGAAGUAUUCUCCUGCGGUCACUUUACAAAAUGGAUUCUACUUACAAAAGAGUUAUAUGUUAGUAACUAUGUCUUGGUUGCCACACUCGUACUCCUUUCCGUCCCUUCUGCGGUUCUUAACGCUUUGGUUUUUAUCGUAAUUUGGCAAAACCCGUCACUUCAAACACCAUCGAACAUUUUCCUAACUAAUCUUGCGAUUUCUGACCUUGCGGUUGCUGCUGUUGCAUCUCCUUUGAUGGUCACUUGGAAACUCCUCGAGAUUGGCGACACAACGAGUAACAGCACUUGCAAAGUAGCAUACGUUGGUGGUUUGAUAACAAGUGCGUUUGGCUCGUUUUCUUUUUUCACCGUAACAGCAGCAACAGUCGACAGACACCUCGCCUUACGACUACACUUGUCUUACACCUCUGUAGUUACGACAAGAAAAGUGGUUAUAACAUGUGGGGUCCUUCUAGUAUCAUCUCUUGUAUUAUCGAGUCUAACUUUAAUUGGUGUUACAGAAUUUACUAUUGGAGUCCUAUCUUCUUCCUUCGUUUGUGUGUUCAUAAUGAACUAUUGCUACUACAAGAUCUAUUCAGUGUUUCGUCACCAUCAUACCCAGAUACAAAGCUACCAGUUAGGUGCCUCGCAUCCCGAGUCAUCCAUUCCAAACUUGCGUCGAUUUAGAAAAACAGUCAUCAACUUAUUGUAUGUCCUAGGAUUAUAUCUAUUUUUGUACCUCCCUUUCAUCUGUGCAGCGCUAACUCGAGAGAUUCUUGGCGACACGAUGUUUACUCUGAGUUUCAUGAACAUUUCCAUUGCAAUUGCUUUUUUGAAUUCCUUUGUGAAUCCUUUGGUUUACUGCUGGAGAAUUAAGGAAUUUCGUGUUGGGAUAAAAGCUAUCUUGCCUUUGAGGGAUGUUUUCUUGAGAAUGAGACAAUGUUGUAGAGUGGAGAAAAAAGAAAAAAUAGCUGGUCUUAACAUUACGGGAAAGUCUUUUGUAGUGUAGUCUUUACGGACCCGCAGUAAUUAUUGUUAUGAUAAAAGGGUAAAUUUUACCCGGCGAAAAAAUGAAAAAACUUACUGACGUACUUACGUGCGUUUUUUCAUUUUUUCACGGUGUAUAAUUUAYCUUUYUAUCAUUACUGUUUCAUUAGAAACACMGACGCAGCUCACACUAGUUUUUAUCUAGUUAUCUUUUUUUAAUUGUUGUUAUGAUAACUGUUGUGUGUCUGUACGACUUUUUCUGACUACUCUGAAGUCACUUUAUAACUUAACCUGAAUCAGGCAACUCCAGACUUCGAGAAUACAACUUUUUGUAAAACUAUGGACCCAAAAGAAAAUAGAAUGGAAAGUGAAGGAACAGGAAGAGAAAAGAAGGAAGAAAAGGGAAGGGACGUGAACAGAAGAGAAGGAAAGAAAAGAAAAAGAAAGGAAAGGGCAAAUAGAAAAAGAAGAGAGAAAAUAACUUUAAAGUAGGCUGUUCGUUUAUUAUCUCCAAAAUUUCUGAAAAUUAAAUUUUCAUCAAUGUAACCAAAAUGUUGCUUUUCUUUAAGAAUAUUAAGUCUUUCCAUGGA